ACGGUCGGAUCAACAUCGCUGCGAGCUUUUAUUCGGAUCAAUUUUCUAAACAGCCGGAUAAUACGUUUCAGACUGUAGCCUACACGAGAAAAUGACAUGAUCGGUAUCGGUUACCCGGACUAGAAAUUCGAACAUGUAUGUAACAAUUUUCAAUUAGACUUUACAUAAUUCCAUAAUCGUGUGAAUUUGUAUUUAUCGUCACCCUUACCGCGAUUAUGUCGAUAAUUACGAAUUGAUCGCGCGGUUAUCGCGAGUAUCGAUUGAUUCCGACAACUAUCGAGUUAUUUCGAUUCUCACAGGCUAGAGCAAGACAGACUUAGGUUCGGUUGCGAAUGGAUGAGACGUUUGAAAUUUCGGAAUUACUUGUUCUGUGUAUAUUUAGUGACGUGAUGUGUACAAUUGAACAAAAAUCUGCCGAAAUAUUGUGGGAAUGAUGCUUGUAUCGAGAAGGCACAUUUUGGUGGAAGUCAACCUGCUGCUGUCGAUAUUGGAACAUCGAAUCAAGGGCCAGAUGCGAGGAGGCAGGGACACGGUGUUGUCCAGGGAGCAGUGAAAGAAAAACGGUAGUGGCCGAGUGGUUCGUAAUGAGGUAACAGUGCGACGGAGGAUCGAAGCAGUACCCAGUCGACGAAGAUGUUGUGCUUGAAGAAACGGAGGACCUACAGCUUCACGCAGGGCGUCUGCGCGGAGCUGCCCAGGCGAGCCAGCAAGGAUAAUCAUCGCUACGAGGGGUCCUUGGACAUGGCGAUUACGACACUGCCGCGUAAGAACAGGAAUAGAGAGGAGAGGCCAUCCAGAAUGGUUCUAACCGUGACAGAGGACACACCAGCGGACAUGCUGGCCGGAAGUAUGGAGCUUCUGGUCCAGUUGCCUCGGGAACAUCAUCAGCAGACUCAGAGGGUCACGGUGCCAAGAAGUACGCCGAUGAUGGAUCUACUUGUGCAGAUAGCAACGGCUCACAAGUUGACAGCCUCUAGUUACACACUGCAAGCGAUAGGAGAGCGUGGUAGGGUUCUACCUCAUCAACCGAAUACACCUAUCGGUGCAUUGGAUGCACUUCAGGUGAAAUUGCUACCAAAACAGGGAACCUUCGUGCCCCGAAAGGCGAAGCAGGCCAAUCAACCUUUCGAAACGACAUUCAGGUUGCAGGUGCAUCUGCCCAGGAACCAAUUGUACGUGUCCAGAGUCAGCCCGAAAAUGAACCUCGGCGAAAUAUUGGACGAGGUCUGUCGCGAGAAGAAUCUGGACAGGAGCAAAUACGAGUUACGUCAUCCAGGUAAAAUGCGGAGUUCCAUAAAUUUGCAUUUCUUAAGUUUUAGGUCGCCCAUUAAAAGGAGAAAAAAGGUGAAAUUGCUACCAAAACAGGGAACCUUCGUGCCCCGAAAGGCGAAGCAGGCCAAUCAACCUUUCGAAACGACAUUCAGGUUGCAGCAGGUGCAUCUGCCCAGGAACCAAUUGUACGUGUCCAGAGUCAGCCCGAAAAUGAACCUCGGCGAAAUAUUGGACGAGGUCUGUCGCGAGAAGAAUCUGGACAGGAGCAAAUACGAGUUACGUCAUCCAGCAAACCUGGAAACCCUGGACCUGUCCCUGUCUCUGCAAGACUAUCACCUCCAAGAAGUUACAUUGUACGCCAAGCAAGGAAGGACCCUGGGCUCUGCGCUCAGCACGCAGGACAUAAUGGUUCUGCACAGGCAAGAGGAACGGAGGAGGCAGCAAGCCAAGCAAGGUGUCUUCGGCUUUGUAUUCAAGAAGUCCAAGGAGUGUUCUUUGAGCACGGAUAGCUUAGGCGGGCGAAGCGCUUCGCCAGCUAGGAGCGACGAAACCGGGAGAAGCACUAGUCCACUUCAACCGCCUGCCAGGCCGCUGAGGAAACGGAGACCUGCACCGAAGCCGCCUGUCGAGGCUCAGCCGGAAGGUUCUGAGGAGAACGCGGGCGACUCCUGCAAAGACAAGGUAGUCAUAAGUCACAGUCGUAACAGUAGUGACAGUUCUGGGUACCACGAGGCGUCUGUGUUGAGCGACAACCCGGAUUCUGCUGGAAGACUUCCGGAAACCCUCCCGAGAAGAGGCAGACUGCCGUUAGAGACGCCGAGGAAGUUGGCACAGACCUCUCAGUCUAGUAAGAGCCUCAGCAAUCUGGCUAGCGUUCCUGGUACGCUUUCCCGGGGAAUUAGCAGCACCUCGUUGAGUUCUACAGGUUUACGAAAGAAAAGAGCAGCACCCCUUCCUCCAGGAGCCAGACCAUUGUCGUCAGCAAUCUCCACCCAAGCAUUGGAGCGCAUCGUGGACUCCGAGGAGUCCCUCACAUCGGACAUGGAUCCUUCGAAGCCGCCGUCAGACAUUGGCGCGCCAUCCAAGGCGAACUCGGACAUCGAGGAACGUCCAAAAGCUAGCUCGGACAUUGGAGUGACCACCGCGGGUGCAAAGAUCAACUUCGCCAAGCCGAAAUCCUUGAUUGUAGACUCGAAGCCUGGUAAAAUGGACAUCGAACUGCGUGUCAGAUCCGGAUCCAUAAACGUUAAGUUGCCCAGUGACGAGGGCAAAACCGUACCUGUAGAAGACGCUCCCGUAGACGUUAGAGUAUCCCGUAAGAGAGGUAAGCUAGUGCGUAGUUGCGGUACCAUAGAGGACAAUGCGCCUUCCUACAGCUUUAUAUCGAGGAAUAGCAUGGAGCAGAUGAUAGAGGAAGGGGAAGGAACGGAAAUGAUGAGGAGGCAUCGGAGUCUGUUCGAUCCUGAAAAGACAAAGCUGCAUUCCAAGAUCAAGGAGUAUAGGUCCGGUCUAAAUAAGCACGACGAGUUCUUCGAAAGUUUUACUAACAAGUCCUUAGACCUAGAGUGCAACGAUUCUAAGCCGCGUUCCAAGGUGCAGAAGUCCCGAAGCUUCGCUUGCGCGAGUUUCACAAGGGUCAAUGAAUCGUCUAAAAGCGUUGUUCUCCGCGAGACCCCUCAGUCAUUUAGCCAAGGCUCGUUUAAGAAUCAAAGUAGGUUGAUCAAAAUGCAAACGAUGCUUGAUCUGGAUAACAUAUCGGCAGAUGUAGAAAACAUGCCGGAGUGUGGCAUAUUAGAGAGCAGAUACAGCCCCGGGAAGCUACACUCUGGCAACUACAUCUGCGACGACAGGUGUCCAGCUAAGGCUUUGAAGCAUAGCUUGAGCUUUCAGAAUUGUAUCAAGCUGAAGGACACGAAAAUAGUGAGCAGCUUCGAGAAACCUAGUUUGUUGAACCGCAGCUUCUGCGUCAGAAGCGGUAGAUCAGACUCGAUAGAGAAUAGACAGCCUAAGUUAGGUAAUGUAAGCACCACCAAGUGCCAUAACGGGUCUAUUUUCUCCAGUCUCAAUAGAGACUCCUUCGACGAUCCCAUGGACUGCCAUAAGUCCAAUCCUGCAGCGCCUCCUCUGAGCAAUCUGCAGAUCUUUGCUAUUUCUACCAAGCCCUUGGACAUUCCAAUGACCACCAUAGAUUCGAUUCCCAGUAGUGUUGAUAAAUUGCCAUCGCUCCCUAUUAUUCAGCACAACGAGUGCAGAAUAGAGUCGGAGAAGAAACUGAGCAUCUUAGAACCUCCUCCCCCAGGUCUAGUUAGCAGAGAGGAGUCUACGGAAAAUUGGAAUAGUUCCGUUCCAUCUCCUUUUAGACUUUGCAUUACAGAGUAUUAUUAUGGAAGUAGCUACUACUUAAGUUUAAAUCGAACCCUUAUCUUGCAUGCUCUACAAAUUUGCAUCCCAUGCACGACAGUUCUCUCUCUCUCGCUCUUUCUCUCUCUCUCCCUCCUUUUCACCUAUUUGCUAAUUUCACCAAUAGGUGACGGUAUCUCUUUUUCUUUUCCUCUGAGUACAGUUGGAGAACCCGUUCCACUUCCCAAGCCUAGAAAAACCUCCACCAGCAGUAAUACAUCGGUGAAGCCUCAAGUAUUGAAACGCAAGCUAGCACCACCUUCCCCAUCAAGUAGAACGCUAACCGCGAGCGGUGUAGAUCACUUGGCGAACACUCCUGCAUACUCUAGCAGCGAUACCACUGGCAGUGACGCGAGUUCGAACGUCCUACCUGAAACACCUGCUAGCAGCAACAGCGUUGACUCUAGCAGAAGAAGCUCGGCCAGAUCUGAUCGGACAGUUGAGAAGCUGGAAGUUUCUUCCACUUGCUCUACCAGUGAGGAAGAAAUAUUCCUGACUCCUGAAAUCGACCAGACUCAGGCAUCCUUUGAUUAUGACUCAAUAACAUCAGGAGAGAAGGAUGGGGAGGAAAAUAUGAUGACCAAGUUGCCAUCGAAGAAUGAAAGUACUGCGGUGGACAAAAAUAAACAGAGUCCAUUGACAGCGAAGAAAGCUACUGGCCAAGAAAAGGAAACGUGCGCAGUAAUUUCAACCAUGCCCAAGUGCGAGCACCUUGAUGAACUCGUAGAAAGUAAGGGAAGCUCGUUGUUCAAAAAGAGACGCGCCAAGGUGCAAGCUAGCAUCGAUGAUGCUAGCAGUGAGAAUAGAUAUGGGGAAGGUGCGAAGGAUUCGAGAAGACCAAGGAUCCCUAGAACGGCGUCAAAGUCGAACGACUUCGAGACCAACCCUCUAGAAAAACAGAAGAGGCAUUUAACUUCGCACGUAGAGGACAUCACGUUCGCGUUAAAUUUGAAUGUGGUGUCUAAUGUUGGGAAUCUGACUCAACAACCGGAGAACGACGAGAAUGUUGGUUUCCAGAGUCAGGGUGAAGGGAAGUCGAGUUGCGGAUUGGUUGCACCAGAUGCCAACCUCUCAGAAACUGACGUCUUGCUGCAGAAGGUAUCUGACACACUGUCCAACUCUCUGCCAGUUUCGAGCUCCAACCAAGUACCUGCCAAGAGAUUCAUUGCUCCCGUCGAGGCCAAGUCAAAAAAAGCGAAUAUUUCCAAAGAAACCAUUUCCUCGAGCGCUAAGAAGACCUUGAACGAAGAGAACUCGAAGCAGCAGAAUCACGAUUUCACGGAUACUGCGAUCGUGAAUACCAGCACGCCGAACCUAACAGUCAAUUCACAGCAAGACACGUCCGAUUAUGUAUCAGCAGCUGACGAGGACUUGUCCAUUGCAGAUUGGGAGUACCAGCUUCCAGCGCCACCGAGUGCCUUCAGAGACUCAAAUUCACCAGUGUUAGAGAACUACGAUGAGGUGAUUUCGUCACCUGAAUUGUUCAGGGAUUCGGAGCACAAGGAACACGUUGAAUCCUUGGACAACAGAAAUCAGAGCCCCAUUUUGAGCCAACAAGCGUCAAAGAACAAAAAUGGCGUUGAUAAAGAAGUCAGAAAAGAUGUGAUCAAACAAGAGAAACAUCAUACACAGUUGAAAUCAUUGGAUCCUAACUUAAAGAAAGUGAUAAUCUCUGAACUGGAAACCAAGAUAGGUACGUUGCCACAGAAUUCCAAGGACUUUGACUCAAAGAAAGCUAUGGAUAUCUCUUCGACACCCAAGAUAGCACCUAUAGACAACACCUUGUCGAACUUUACCAUCACCACUUACACCAGACAGAAAAGUUUGAACAUAUUCGAAGAGACGGAGAAACAGUUUCAAGAGAAGGAGGAUGAGAGGUUCAUUAAGUCCUUUGCGACACUUUCCAGGAACAAAAAUAGCAACGAUGAAGAGAAUAAUAGAGCUACGAAAGAUCUUGGUAUUGGCACAUUGCAGAGAAAGACGAAAACUGAAGAUACCGGUGAUAGGAAGCUGGAACCAAAGACAAACACUCAGACCCUACACAGGUGGCAAUCUGACAACGAGAAGAGCAAUAUACAGAGGUCCAAGAGUUACGUCUCUGUAUGUGAUAAGUCUAAGUUCCAAGAGACCGUGUGCGAAGAUGAAGACGACAAGAGCAAUAAAAAUGCUGUGAAGAUGGGCGAUUCUGGGAUGAAGAAGGCCACGAGCAUCAACAACAUCAGUCUACCAAAAAGCAACGAGAAGUUCUCACAAUGGAGAGACAACAUCCUAAAGCGGCAAGAGGAACCUACCAAAGAGAAGCAACUGCAGUCUUUACAGGUACUGAAAAGCAUUUUACCGCAGUUGAAAAAUGCUCAACAGGCGGAGGAAAAUGUGUCCAAAGAAUCUAAUGGCGCAGUGUUACCUGAGAAAACAAGACCCGAGACUACGUCUAACGAACAUUCGAUCAACUCGAAUGUAGCGACGACUUGCACCGAUAAGAAGUCCGAGCCAGAAACGAAGAAGAUGCCACCGGCAACCAACACGAAGCGUUACAUUUAUUCCGGACCACCAGCCAUCAAUUUAGGCAGUUGGUCAGAGCGACCGAGUCACAAUAUUCACAUGAAGAGGGACACAGACUCCAAGUUAGGCGCGCACAAGCCCAACAACAGAACCAUUGUAAAUAUAAACGGCAGCAGGGAUGAAAGAGACGGUUCAACCGAUUGCGACGAUUCCGCAAGACCUCUAAGUGUCCUAGACAAGAGCAAGAAAAUUGAAGCUACAACUUUGGAGAGGAGAGAACCGAACGAACUGGCCAAAAAACUGAUCACACAUACAACAGCGACAGGUUUUAAGAAGCCAGUAUUGAACAAGGUCCAUUUGGAUCCCAAACCGGUGGUAACCGGGGUGGAGCUGAAGAAGAACUCUCCCGACAACAAGCAGGAGGAAUCUGUUAUUGACACAACUCCUGUGAACUUCAAGGAGCUGUCCAAAGCCUUUGGCCAGGACGUUACACUUCGACCUAAACCGAAACGGACCACCUUAAACCGACGCUCGGAUCUUCAAAUUGGAACGAAUUUCACCAACUCUGAGAAAGUCAAUGGCAGCAACGAUGAGUACCUGACCAACAACAACCAAGACACAUUAAAAUCCAAGAGAUUUACCACGGUAGUGGGUCUGCAUCCUCAAAAUCAGGCGCCUCUCAAAAAUGGCAUCAGUGGCAAAGAUGGUCAGCCUUUGCAAUUUGUCAAGGGUUUCAAGCUUCCAAAUGGGGUACCGAAGAACCAAAACAAAGAGCCUGCAAAAGAGUUCCCUAGAGAGUCGUCUGUCCCCCAACCGCCUAGGCCACCCACGAUGCCUGUUAUAACGGGUGUCACAUUGAAAAGUGCCAGGCCCAAAUCGAUGCCUGUCCAGAUAGACUCGAGGGACGUGUUGUUGGAGUCGAUUCGAAACUUUGGGGGUCGUGAGAACUUGAAGAGCGCUACGGAAAGACGUUAAGUGCCUUCCUGACGGCAGACCAUUCGAAUUUAUUGUGACCACCGAUCGUCGUUGUUGCAAUGAAUCGAAUCCUCGCCGAUGUAUCUCAAUAUUCGUUUCGAAUAUCGUCUGAAGCAACUAAUGGUGGCGAAAUCACCGUACCGAAGACGGCUUGGUGCUCUUGUUAAAGCCGUAGCGACGAAUCGGAGGGGUUUUAUUUAUAUCUUCUUUUUUGUUUGUUCUUCUUCUUGCUGGAAAUCAUUCGUGUGUAAAUAUAUCGUGUGUAAAAAGUUGCACAACCGAGAGAAGCGGCGUUGUCGUUUGAAAUGGUCGAGAAUGUACAUAGAACGUGUAAAGUUUUUCCCGAUCGAAACAAAACAGGGAAAGGAGAGUCUUCAUAUUAUCGUGUCCAAAUAGUCAACGAACCUGUCCCCGGUUCGUUCGAAACGAGUUUGCUCAUUACACGAUGCAGUCCAUGCGAUUUUUCUUGUUAAGUUUUUCCUUUUACAUUCUAGUUCGCUCAACCGUACUGUUCUAACUUUAAAAAAAAGAAAAGAAGAAACAAUUGAAAACCCGUUAGAUUCGUACGGUUGAGUCCACGUUGACUAACACACGUCCUAAUCAAUACAAUUAACAUUUAAGUUUCUAUCACUGGGACCAAAGGUGACGUCUUUUAUUUUAUGUACCGUACAACGAAUCUAGAUAGAGAGUGUAGGGUGUGUGUAGAACUCGGAGUAGCUUUUCUUUUUCCUUUCGAAGAAAUAAUCUGGUCAGUCGUAGAAUGAUAAUCUGUACGAUGGUAAUCCGGUUGAGAGUUGUGUUUUGGUGUGUAUGACAGCGGCGCGGUUCUAAUUUAUGUUCGUCUGGUACAACGAAGAAUUAUUUAACGUUUAACGUUUUCCUUUUUUUUUUUUACAUUGUUCACUCGGAACCGCCGGAAAUAGUGAAUCGUUCUGGAUGUUUUACAGUUAUUGUAUACACACAGUUCGAAAAGAAUCGAAUGGGGAAAUAUAAUUGUUGCGUUGAUUGUUCCGUUGAAAAGUGACGUUGUUUUAAAGAAAGGAUUAUUGUCAUUUAGUCAAGAAACCUGAAACGUUCGUUUGUUUUACGGAUUCGAGUUAUGUUAUGGGACUACUUUGUGGCGAGAGUGGCAAUCACGUAUUAUAAACGUUCGUCGUACUGUAAAUAGCGUAUACUGUCAAUAAUGUAUUUAAUACUUUACUUACGUAAACAAAUAUAAUACGCCGACAAUCCUAUUUAUAUACGUUAUCACCUACAGAGUUCCAUUAAAGUUGUACCAGAAAAAGUUUGGAAACAUCAGUUCUUAAUUUUGUGUGCGCUUAACGAGUAGAGAAAUAUUAUCCUAAGACCGUAUCCCAAAACUCCCCAAAUUGACUAAAGUUGCAGAACGAAUUAUGAAUAAAACAAUUCCAAUCGAACACUAAACAAAACGUUGUAGAAAUAAAAACAAUAAGAUCCGAUACUUUCGUAAAUAGUUUAAUCGUAGAAAAAAAUACGCUGAUACAAUAGCAUCCCUAACAUUAAAUAUCUUUUAUUGUCGGCGUUUUGUACAAUAGCACCCAUCUCCUAUACGGACGCGAAUCCGGCAAUUUGUUUGUAAUGUAUAUUUCAAAUAUACAACAUCGAAAAUUAACAGCUUACAAACUAGUUCAUAGGCACCGUGAAACAAUCUGUCUUACGAACUAAGUAUAUGUAUAAAUAUAUUGCUACCGCAACGAAA